AUGCGCUCGCGCUCCCGUGCGGCGCUCCGCCGCCGCUCGCUCGCCUUGGGCCGCCGAUCUUCCUCUGCCGCCACCCGCCAGAUAUCCCGCCCCGCAGUUCUGCCCACCGCUCCAGCUCCAGCUCCAGCCCCAUCCUCCGGCGGCAUCGCCGCUGCAGCCACCCCCGUCCUCACAAUCGCCUCAACAUCUGGUUUGGAAGCUGGGGAGGGGAACUCCCAUAGUUUCCCCCUCACGGUAAGCCCUACAAAGGGGGAUUUUUGCUUGCAGGAGCAGAUCAAGGAUGCUUUGCCCCAUGUUUUUCAGUCCCGCAGAGACAAAGUUCCGUCAGAUUUGGAUCUGCAGAAGCAUGCCGCAACUGCUGAUGGCACGUCUCUGCUUGCUGCGUCAGCUUCAGCGCCAAAAUCAACAAGGAAGUUUUAUUCAGAGACAUCUUCAAUCGGAGAUCCUGUAGAUCUGUUGGCACCGGCCCGAAUCCCGGUCUCAGAGAAGAGGAAAUGGGCAGUGGGCAGCUCGCCGGCGCCUGACUGCAAUGAAGUUGAUUUCAAUUUCAAUGCGAGCAAUGCUACUUCACAUCAGCUGGCUGUGGACGGCGGACAUGACCUGAGAAGUUACGGCCGACUUCAUUUCGGUCAGCACAAGGCUGACGCCCCGGUACUGGAAGAAGGUGGAUGGAGUGUGGUGAGGCCUAAAUUCUGGUGGCGCAAGACUGUUGAAAAUCUUAAGAGAUCUCCGUCUCAGCAGCAACAUGACACGAAAGGUACCAGCACCUUCAAGACAAAGCUUCAGGGUAAAUGCUACAACUGCCUCUCGCCAGAUCACUUCGCUUUUCGUUGCUCGGAGCCUACUCGAUGCUGGCAGUGCCUACAUUUUGGCCAUAGGGCUAGGGCAUGCCCAGGAAUUUACUACAGAAGCAGGCACAAUUCAACUCCUCCCCAACCUGAACCAGUGCAGCAUUCAAUGCAGUACACCAGCAAUGUCAACUCCAGGCGCCAACAGCACCAGCGACAACUCAACUCUCUUCUUAAGGAACAGAAACAGGCCCCUGAACCUGUGCUCAACUUUUCUCCAGUUCAACACAACAAAUCCUACCUCCGUGCAGCUCAGGAGGGCCAGAACAUGGAGGCUCGCUACCCAGGUGACCCAAGGGCAAGACCGUCGCGCGCCUUCUGUGCAAUUUCGGCGACUGGUUCAAUCCGUCGUCGCAGGGAUGAUCUCAUCAGCAAGGCGGUGGUGUGCUCAUUCGAUGGAAAUAGCCAUGAGGUUGACACCAUUGUGGCAGGAGACAUGCUGAGAGAGAAGUUCAAUCUCUGCCAUGGUCAGUAUCAACUUGUCAAACAUUUCCCAGAACAGUUUUUCAUUAUCUUUCCUGAUGCAAGAACCAAGCAAUGGGCUAUUGAUAGAAGAUCAGUUUCUUAUCGUGGGCGUGAGUUUCAUUUCGGUGACUGGUCAGAAGAGAGCUAUGCUAGAAAGACCAGUUGGGAGUUUAGAGUUAAGGUCCGGGUGGAAGGGAUUCCUGUUCACUGCUGGGGUGAGGAGGUGGCAUCAAGGGCCUUAGGCAGGAGCUGCACUAUUCAUUAUGUUCAGGAGCGCUCUAGGCGUAGAGAGCGUACCCGUUCUUUUGACCUUUGGGCAUGGUGCUCUGACCCCUGUGAAAUCCCUAAGGAGGUGUGGCUAACGGUGUCUGAACCCGACUCUGAAUUACCACCUAUAAGCACCCCUCUGCCUCUUGUGGGUGCUCACCAUGCUGAACCGACAGAUCUGAAAAAAGGCCAUGUGUACACGCUUCGCAACCAUAUUGAAGUGGUUGAGGAUCUCUGCCUCAUUCAUGGGAGGAACACUAGGGGUGGGCCUAUGAAUCGGAAGCCUCGCAGAGAGUUCGUGUGGAGCUAUGGUGUUUCUGACUCUGCUGGUGAAAAGCGGGAGCGUUCAGUGGAGUUCAGAGGCAGGGAGACCAUGCGUCGGGACUGGGACCAUGAUGAUGAUGAAGAUUUUCACCAGCAUAGGCAUCAGGACACUCGUCGGCAGCGUAGCCUCUCUGGGUGGGCGCGUUCCUCGCGAUGCCGUGGUGGUGUGGAGGACUGCUACAGCUCGAGUGGAAGAUACAGGCCAUCCACUCCUUUCCGGCGUAGGGGGAUGGGGAUGGGGCAGCCAGGGCGCUGGAUUCCCAAGAUAAAGAACAAAAAGGUCUCUUUUGCAGAUCCUGUCAUCACUGCUAUCUGGCCUACAGAUGUUUCUAAAGGGCGCAUCUCUGCUGAAAAUUCCAUUUCACUGGGAGGUAUGGAUCUUGGCACUCAAGCUAUGGAGGAAUACCAAUGUUCUGCACAUCCCAAGAUUGAAGGCCUUUUCUCAAGACCUCUCAGCAAGGAUCAGAUGGAGGCAAUUAUGGAGCUGGCAAAUCAAGGGAAGGGGAAGAAAGGGAGCAAGCUCAGGGGCUGCAAAGUGGCGCCACUUAAGGCUCCCAUAAUCAAGGCUGCUUCGGGAAUAUGAGAUGCUCAUCGUGUUGGAGUUAUCAGUGGUUUCCAGUUUUUAUAUUAUGUGUCUGAAGUUGUUCCUACUUUCCUCUUGUCUAGGGGUAGAGCAUGGUGUGCUGCAGCCUCUUUUGCCAGACUUUUGGCUGCUGCUUGACAUUUGGUGGUCCUGUUGGAUCUCGACCCCCACUCAUCUGUAUCGUUCUAUUUUAUGGCUGGAACUAAAUUGUGUGUUGUGGGUCAUGUGUUUCUGUUCUUCAAUAUUGAUGGUGAUCAUGGCUGCUAGUCGGCAUCAGAUGUUAAUUAUGUUAUCGCCUUUAUGUGGCAAUGUCUGUUCAAGUGGAGAAAUGGUUACUAUCCAAUGAAUACAAAUUGCUGUAUUUUUUCUUGGAAUGUGAGAGGUCUGAAUGAUCCCGCUAAGCGAGAAAGUGUGAGGCAAACAAUUCUUUCUACGCACGCAACUUUAGUUUGUCUUCAAGAGACAAAAAUUAUGAACUGGACUAACGAUUUAUUAAAGGACACUGUGGGUUACAAACUUGCCAAGCAGACUGCGCACUUGCCCUCUAUUGGAGCAUCGGGUGGAAUUCUUAUUGCUUGUGAUGAGGACUUUUUUGAUAUUACUCCAGUUACUUACGCUUCAACCUACUCAUUAUCAGUUCGAGUGAGCUCUAGAUUGGAGGAUGUGGUUUGGGACCUCACGGCUGUUUAUGGCCCCCAGCAGGAGAACGAAAAAAUGUGUUUUCUAUCUGAGUUGUGUUCCAUCUCUAACCUGAUGAAACCUGAAUGGCUGAUUUUAGGAGACUUCAACAUGAUAAGGAGAGUGAGGGAAAAAAAUAAGGGAGCAAUCAACAAAAGAGUAAUGAGGAAGUUCAACCAAACU